AGCUGGCACUUUAUUUGGAAAGACUAUGCUUGGAGGGUGCAGCUUUUAUCAAAAACAAUCUCAACUAUAACGGUGUACGUGUGGAGUGUGAGGGGAUGGUAACCUCUCGAACCGCAAUUGACUGAUUACCUUACUAUCAAAAAUACCGCAUGACAAAAAAUAUCUUUUUGUACCGUUGAUGGCUUCCUGAAAUGUACACCGCGCACAAUAGUAGCUGCGAAUAAAGAAUGCAAUGAGCACAUCAUGGGUGGUAGCGACCGGCGAGGAGCAGUGCACCUUGUUGCCGACGGUAAGCUCCACCAGAUCUGGAGCUGGAUCCGACGAAGAGACACCAAAUGGAACUAUCCGAACCAAAGUUAAGUUACGGCAAUUACAGCGCGGAUCUCGAGCGCCUCUGCCUUUGCCAAGGAAUCUGCGACGGCUCGGAUGCUGUACCCUAAGCGUCUUUUUUAUGGUUCUGAUGCUUCUAGUCUACCUGCCACUCAUGGACGUCCGCAAGCGUUGUGCUGGCUUGCCUGACUGGACGCUGGAGACCUCCCGCAGUGUAUCCGAUUACAUAGACGCAGGACCAGCGCUCAUUGUGCCGAAGGACUUUUGCCGGAACAAGACAUUCCUGGUAAUUGCCGUCUGCACGGGAAUGGGAAACUUCGUCCAGCGGCAGACAAUUCGAGAAACCUGGGGCAACACCACAGAGUUUAACUACCCCGCCUUUGUAAAACUACAUGGUCACCUAAAAGGAAGCUAUCUGGACGUGAUGCCGUCGCGUCUAAAGAUGUAUGCAGACUACUUCAACGGAACAGACUCCACCCUCACCGCCACAGUACGAAUUGUGUUUAUUCUGGGCCGCAAUAAGGAUGAGUCACUUGUGGGAAACGAGACUCUGACUCGGAUCCAUAAUGAAGCCGAGCAGUACAACGACAUUAUCCAGGAGAAUUUCGUGGACAGCUACAAUAACUUGACUCUGAAAUCUGUGAUGGCUUUGAAGCACGUAGCUCGAAGUUGCUUCAACUCCACGGCCUUCUUCCUCAAGUGCGAUGAUGAUACAUUUGUGAACAUCCCAAAUCUGCUGCACUUCCUCCUCGGCGGUACAAUUCCGCUCUACAACGAUACACUUGACUAUCACGAUCGAACUACAUACCUGGCCAAGUUGCCAUCGAACCGAUUGAACGCCAGCACUGAGGUUAUGUACGGUCACCAGUUUUGCAAGGUGACUCCUGUAAGCGACGUAACUAGCAAGUGGUACAUGCCCGCCUACAUGUAUGCUCCGACCGCAUAUCCGAAGUACCUAUCCGGGGCUGGAUAUCUGCUCUCCAUCGAUGUGGUUCAGCGAUUGUACGAAGCUGCCCUAAACACUACGUUAGUCUACCUGGAAGACGUUUACAUCACCGGACUGUGCGCCCAGCGAGCCGGGAUCCCGCGACACCACCAUCCCCUGUUCAGUUUUUCGCACUCGAAACAUCUGUGCGCCUUCAAGGGCACCAUUGCACAGCACCAAGUGAAGGACGACAGUAUGGCCGAGGCCUGGAACUUUGUGUCCGACUACUCGAUAAAAUGUCCUCCACCAGAGCGCUUCUUUAGCCAGAUUCGACUACGCAAGAGGCCCGUUUGCUAAUCCUCGUUCCUUUUUAUUUAUUUUCUUUUCCAAAUUUGCAUUCCUAGUUGCAGGUUUGCUUUGGUUUCCCAAUAUUGAAAAAAUGGUGAUAUUAAACGCCCCGACAGUAACAGAAAAGUUCUCAUUAUAUUUUAGUUAAAAUAUUUAAUACAAGCUAUGCCGACCUACUCAGUUCUUAUUAAGUAUUGAUAUUUUUGCUUAGAAAAGCCACCCCAAAACUUCAUAUCAACGUUAAAUAUAUUGCACAAAUGGAUAUAGCUUCCAUGCUAAUCGUUAGGCUUCCCAUUAGAUUUUUCACAAGACAUUGAAUGUAUUUAUACCAUUUGAUAAGAUUGGAGAGUAAUUUAUUUUUCAUUCAAAGAUUAAAAAAAAAUUAGGCGCUUAAUCUGCCGCUAGUAGAUAUAUUAAACUAAAAUAAAACUAAUCAUGACAUUAUGUAAACGUGUGAUAGUUAAGAACGCAGAAAUACUUACUGAAUCAAAUUGCCAAUAUGUGUUUGUGUUCUUUAAAAAAUAAAAACGUUAAACAAAAUAAAUAUAA